UGUGUCAGACACCCGACUAAUGUGAGACGUAGCAGGAGGAGCGCUCUGUGAUAGAGAUCCUGUUCACUGUCAGUCAGUGACAGACAAUAGACUGUGCGUCGGGCAGAUUAAAGGAUGGGCCUGGAAUCUGACCCCGCUGGGAGCCUGGUGCGGAAACCAUAGCAACCGGGGGAUUUAUUGGAUCCGGUGGACAGCCGUCACCCAGAUGGACAGACUUUGGAGCGUAAUUAGAUCGAGGACGGGAGAGAGGCUGACAGUCUGACACGAACCCUCCCGGUCACAGGAGGCAACAGAAAGUGGGGCGAGAGAGAGAGAGAGAAACAUGGCAAAGUUCCUCUCUCAGGAUCAGAUAACCGAAUAUAAGGAAUGCUUCUCCUUUUACGACAAGAAACACAAGGGGAAGAUAACGGCUGGCGACCUGAUCACAGUGAUGCGCUGUCUGGGCACCAGCCCCACUCCACCCGAGGUGCAGAGACACCUGCACAGCCACCGCAUAGAUAGGAACGGAGAGGUGGACUUCUCCACGUUCCUGGCCAUCAUCCACCAGCAGCAGCAGCAGGAGGACCCAGCCCGGGAGAUCCUGGAGGCCAUGACCAUGGCGGACACCCAGAGGAAUGGCUACAUCACUGUCUCUGAGCUCAGGACCAAACUGACGUGUACGGGGGAGAGACUGACCGACAAGGAGGUUGACGAUCUCCUGAAGGAAACCAACGUGAGCCCGUAUGGGGUGGUCAGAUAUAACCAGUUUGUCAACAUGCUCAUGCUGCCCUCACCUGAUUACUGACCGCCAGCCCACACACCACAGCUUCCCAUCGAGACGUUCUGUCGACCAGUCACUGCCUCCAGCUCCUUAGUGCCUUGUGGUGUUUUACUGUGUGGCCAACACACUGAGCUGUUAACAAGACUGUGUUAUUGCGGUUAGUAUUCAUGGGAGGUUGGGUGGGGGAGAGGAAUAAAGGACAUUGCCUGGAGGGGGACUGCACAUCUUUGCCUACAAAAACACUCGACUGUAAUUACGCGUGAAGUUUUAGUUGUUUAAACAGUAAGAAUAUUAAAUAUAAUUUAAUGUAAAA